GAAGAAAAUGAAUUUUUUAAAUACUAAUUCUUCCCAACAAAAAAUUAGUGAUGAAUUUGAACAAAUAAUUCCAAUGCAAUUAAAUGAACAACAACAACAAAUAAAUAACAACAAUUAUUCAAAACAAAUAAAUAAUUGUCAACAACCAUUUAAUCAACAUAUUCAACAUCAACAAAGGUAAUAAAUAAAUGUAUUUCAAAAAAAAACUUUAAAAAUUAUCAAACCCUUUAUAUACUCUCCCCUUUCCUCCUUUUUAAUCGGAAAUCUUUUAUUUUGAAUUGUUAUUUUCUUUUAUUUUUUUACUU